AUGACUGACCAAGGCAAUCUAGCGAGAUCCCAAACCGACUUGACAUCGUCUUCUGUUUCAGCAUCAUCCCAUGAUUCAGUCACGAACAUUGCCCGACCCCGGAAUCGUCGCGUCGAGACUAUAGACCAGACGCACCGGCCUUCAAUAGCAACUGGUAUUACGAAGAGCAGUGGAACUUCAUAUCCUUCGCAAAGCGGCACGCAUCAGGAAACAACCACCCCCCGGACGUUGGAAAGAUAUCAGGAAGAUGUCACUUUGAAUCAAGGCCCAACCGGAGGCGAUAUUACGCAAUUUCUUGGAGAUUCUUUGACGCACGGCUGGACCUCAAUUCAAAUGUUUGCUUCGACAUGGCUUUCAAGCGUCGACAAUUCUUCCAAAGGAAUUCGGUCGUCAAAACUUCAUCCACCCCACCUACGCAGUCUCCGAUCAAAAACAUGGGGACCAUCGCCACCAUCAGGAGAACAAAUGAGUACCGAUGUUGGAGUGCGAUCCCUGGUCAAGACACAGGAUGCUCUGAAAGCUGGAAAAACGGUGAGGGUAUUGGAUAGUCAUGAGGGGGUGAAUGGUGGUCUAGGCGUUGCCGGAAAACAGAAGUGCCGUACUUCGGAUGAGAUCCGUCCCUUGAACCCGGAACCUGAGGAGCAUCUGGCUUACGUCCACAAGGUUGAACCGAACGACACUUACGCCGGUAUAAUACUUCGAUAUAAAUGCCGGGAAGAUAUUUUCCGGAAAUCCAACGGUCUUUGGUCUCGAGACAGCGUUCAGAUGCGUAAGUGGCUAGUCAUCCCUGUGGAUGCUUGUGAGAUAAAAGGACGCCCGUGUGAUCCACCGUCGUGGUUCAACAAUUACGAGGGAGAUUUCUUGGUGCGGAAUCCGGCUGCAACUGGGGAGUCUUCGUCUGCAGCCGAUGGGUCCCAUGGAGGAAAUUUCAAUGUGCCAACUGAACCUUCUCACAUGGACGCGAAGCUGGAACAAACCGAAUAUCUCCCCUGGUCCCAUGUUCGCUGGGUACAGGUCGAUUCAUUCAGACAUCCGGUUGAGAUCGUACGGGUGGCACGACAAACUCUGGGGUACUUUCCACCGCGGCGGAAAAAGAGUAUCAGGACUGAAUCAUCAAUGUCCACUCCAAGACAGAGCUCAGAUUUGUCGAGCGUCGCUCCACAUUCCAAUGAGCGCCCUUCCACUCGUCGACUAAGCGCGAUCAAUGGCCGUGCUCCGAUUCCCGGCACGCCGAUGUCUUCCAAAAGUGGGCCUGGCGGUGAAUUAACCGACAGCCGGCCUGCAUGGAUGCGACGACCAGGUGGCGUGGGCCCGAUGGGCAGAAGUGUGAGAGAACCUGGGCCGGUUACAGAUUACUUUAACUCUUGGACGAGGAAACACAUUCCAGGUCUUGAUAUGGAAUCCUUACCUUCAAUGUCCAUCAUGGGCUCCGAGACUGCAAAUUUCGGGUUUGGGCAAGGUGCAAGUGGCAUUGUCGAAAGCCCAUUCGAAGACGGCAGAAAUGCGUCAUCUAUCUCUCGGCAGGUUACUGGUCUAGAUAGGGCAGCAGCGGCGGUUGAGCAUUGGCUACGUGGAGCAUUAACCAAGCGGCCUAGUACACCGUUGCUGGGAGGUCGGUUGCGGCCACUUGGCUUAUCCCCGGAUCCAUGUGACACCGAUCUAAUCGAAUUGACUUAUACGGCAAGUGAUGACGGCAAGCCAGUAAACGACGUUUCGCUCAGCUUGUUGGACUCAGGACACCUCGUGGCGACGGGGAUGGCCGACAGUGGCCCAAGGAUUCAAGGCAGGAACAACUUCGGCGCUGGUGGUAGGGCAGCUCGAAAAAAGGACGAUUGA